AAAGCGGCGGGCUGUAGGACCGAGCAGCCACGGCUGUCCGCGCAGAGGAUCCACACAUGUUCCGCAUAGUUAGCACUCGGAGUGAAGCAUAAAAACUCUCACUUAUAUAACUACAGAAUUCAACAUUAAACUGUAAAAGCGGCCGCAUUUUAAAGUUCAUAACUUCACUUGAGCGUUUCCUUAACACGGGUUCUUACAGGAACCUGUCUUUUGCCCUAUGAGCUGCCAUGAACAUGGAGAGGCAGAAGCGCAAGGAGGAGAUACAGAGAGCCCUGGCCUUCAUUCAAUCAUCGCUGCCUUUCCCUGACCCGGAUGGCUAUGAGGGCUUCAUGAUGCAGCUGGUGUGCAACCUACUGGAUGAGGGUAACGCAGCGUUUUGUGAGGGGGAGUGGACGCUGGCCCGCGGCCACUUUAGUGAGGGCAUUAGCGUAGCACGCUACGCCCAGGCUGAAGGUCUGAAGGUUCCUGUAGCAUUACUGGAGAGUCUUUAUGUGAACAGAGCUGCAGCACUUCAUAACAUGGGUGAGUUUGAAUUGGGCGUGAGGGACUGUGACAAUGCACUAAGUGUGUCUAAGGACAGUGGUAGGGCGUUGUACAGAAAGGCAGUGUGCCUGAAGGAGCUGGGCAAAUACAAGGAGGCUUACGAAUGCAGCACCACCUGCUUGCUCACUUCACCACAGGAUAAGAAAGUGAGUGAACUUGCUCAGGAGUUGGCCAACAAACUGGACCUCAAAACCCGCAAAGCCUAUGUCGGCCUUCAGCCAGUAGCUGAUGGCAGUGGGGACAGUCUACCUUCUCUAGAGCCGAUCCCUAAUGGGCUGGACAACUUGUGUGAUGUUGCAGUUGGCUUUUCUGAGUGUGUAUCCCCUGUCCUACCUGCUCCGGUUCCUGUGAGUGAUGCCUGUGAGGACCCCCUGGUGGCCAGGGCAGCUGUGCUGGAUGUGGAUGUGUCUCUAUCGGUUCCUGUUUCAGAACCGCUAGGAGACUGUGAGCUAAUGGGAGAAGAGCUGGAUACUCUGUUGGACUCAUGUGUUUCCACACAGGAGGAACUUCUGCAGACUUCCUCUAAAGGCGGCGUAGUUCCCACUCACGUUCCUGCAGGUGGUGUGAUGGGUUUGGGUCCGUCCUUCCCUCCUCUCCUCCCUGCGCCCUCUCCCCAUCUCCCUCCUGCAUUCUUUCCGUCUGCUGUAAAUCAGCUGAACACUCUCGACACUUUCUCUGAGCCAAACCGAGACCUUGCCCCUCCCAACAGGCCUCUUGAUGCACUGGACUCGUUUUCCCCAUUGGAUGCCCCCCCACAGGGCUCUGUGGCUCCGCAGCCCUCUCUAGUGGUGGGAGGAGAGGGGCUGGACUCGCUUUCUGAAUUCACUCUGCCAGGUGGUAAAGUCUCCCACAGUUUUUUCCCUCAAGUGAAGAUUAAAAGCUCGACAGGUUGCAUCAACUCUACACAGAACGGUCGGGUGGCAUCCACUCUGUCCCAGCUGUCCAAAAAUCCUCUUGAACACACACACGACUUCACCCAAGCUUGUUCUGCCUGUUUUACACGGAUAGGUCCAGGAGUGCUGGAUUGCGAGUACAAGGUUGAUUUGGGUCAUUUCUGUAAGAAAGACAUUCUGCUGUGCAGAAGAAAAGGAGCGAAUCCCUGGAGACGAGUUCGACCACGCCCAACUCGAAAUAACUUCUUGGGUUCCUAUGUGCUGUGCAAAGAGGUUCUAGAACACCAGGACUGUAAAUAUGGUGAAGCCUGCACAUUCGCUUAUUGUCAGGAAGAAAUUGAUGUAUGGACGCAGGAGAGACGUGGCUUACUGACCAGAGAGUUGCUCUUUAACCCACUCUCCACCAAUCAGAGGCAGGCACUUAGUGUCCUCAGACUGCUGAAUUCACACAAGGGCAUGUUCAUGUUCCUCUGUGAGGAGUGUUUUGACUAUAAGCCAAGGAUCAUAAGUAAGCGCUAUAAGGAGAGUCCGUCCUUAUGCUCCAAUGGGGUCUCACACCAUCAGUUUGACAAAAACAAGUGUCUGGUUCAUGUGGUGAAGAACAGCAGUAUCUGCUACAAUAAGAUCAGGCCACUGAGCUAUCACUGUCAGUUUGAUGUUUGCCCUCGGCGCCACUCCUGCCCACUUGAGAACAGUUGCUCUUUGGCACACUCAGUGAUUGAGUUGGAGUGCUGGAUACUGCAGAAAGACAGAGGUACCACUCAUGAGGAAAUCGUGCAGGAGUCUAAGAAGCAUUGGCACAAACAGAGACCAGGGAACCUGCUCUCUUCUCAAACCGAUGGUGCUGUAGCCAAAGGCGAGGGAGUGGGUAAAGGGACUGAGAUGAACGGAAAACUGGGAGCUGUUCAAUCAAGUGGAAUGGUUGCCGUUGGAACAGGAAAUGUCUUGGCGGUGAAGGACCUGCGGCUAAUGAUGAAGUUUGUCUGUAGUCAGUGCUGGAAGGAUGGGCUAAUGAGCGAACCGGACAAAACGCAGAAAUACUGCAGUUCUAAAGCAAGACAUAGCUGGACUAAAGAACGGAAAGUGCUUUUGGUGAAGUCACAGGACAGGGAAAAGUGGGUGUCUAUACGACCUUUGCCCUUUGCAAAGACCUACCCCCAGCAGUAUGAUAUUUGUGUGCAUGUGUUGAAGCAGAAAAAGUGCCACUACAUUGGGAACUGUUCUUUUGCACACAGCCAUGAGGAGAGGGAGCUGUGGACCUACAUGAAGAAUACAGGCUUGCGGGACUUGCAGCACGUCUAUGAUGUAUGGCUGUCAACAGCCAAUCAGAACAAGCGAAUUGAGGGUACUCCGCUGUCUCAGUCAGUAGAGGAGAAACAAAUCACCAUGCCUACAGACUUUGCUGAACCUAUAGAUGGAUUCCACUGCCGCCUCUGUGGUAAACACAGUAACAGCGAGCGUCAGUGGCAGCAGCACAUCUCCUCCGAGCGUCACAAAGACCGCGUGUUGAGUGGAGCGGGUGAGGAGGAGAACCUCACCUGGAUACACCGUUUUCCCGGCCACUGCUUCGCUCUGUGUCCUAGAUUGCAGACCGGCUGCGAUGAAGGUGUGAGCUGUGACUUUGCCCACAGUGAUGAGGAACUUCAAGAAUGGCGGGACAGGCGGGACUUCCUACGGAGGAGGUUGGACAAAGCUCGAGCCGACAUGCUGAUCGCUCCCACUGACAAUGACUUCGGGAAGUACAACUUCCUCCUACAAGAUUGAACAAAUGCAUUCACAAGCAAUCACACACACGCAAGUUCUUUUGAACCACACACUGACCCUUCCCUUACUUCAAAUUGCCGUGCAUGUAUUAUCACACGCAUUUUAUUCACUAUUUGAUACUUGCUUAUGAUUUAUGUUUAAUUUUUUUGUUCUUAGAUAUAUACUUAUAUUUUUGCACAUUUCUCCUUCCAGCAUAGUCAUAGCCGGUUCCCAUAGCAGUUCAGUGCAUCAAACGUUAGCCUUGUGUCUGCACUUUUUUGAGUUUUGUUGCUGCUCUUUCUUGAGCACCUAAACACACUUGUAAAAGAACUCUACACACUGUACUUUUAUGCGUUUGCAGGCAACUGGAGUGGCACAUAGUAUCAGAAGUGACGUCCAUGUGUGUCAUCAAAGGCUUCCAGUUGUUAACUCAUUUGAACCGGAGUCUCAGUGGUAGCACUUAGGGCUCUCUGUGGGUACUCAAAUACUUGGUUAACCAUUCAAGAUGCCAAUAUUUUCAAAUACUGAAAUCACUAUUCAGAUACAGAACUGUAAAACAUCAGUUUUGCUUAAAUUUGCCGUUAUGUUAUACUUUGCUACUCAGAAAUGCGAGUGCCUUAACAUGGCUGUGUUUUUAAGGACACGUUAAGAAUAUGACUAAGAAAGCAGAGAUCUUGUCGCUCUAGACUAGGCUGACAAAUGAUUAAAAUACAUUUCCCUUAAAAAGAAGCAUGUUGGCACAUUGUCCACUGAAAAGAAAAAAAAACACAUAGAAGAUUAUUGAGUCUCCGUUAUGUUAUUCAUCCAACACGAAAACCUACCAAUCUCUCUCAUCUAUUUUUGAGCAGUGUAACAUUUCUCUGCAUGACGCUAAUCUUUUGUACAACACCAGCGCUGUCACCUGAAACAUAGGCCACAACUCUACAUUAAUUUUAAUUAAUUUUUUUUUUAUUCUCUAUGUUUAACCAAAUAUCCAUUUACAAGCUCACAUACUCAUGCAGAUCCUCAAAAUCAAAAUUAGUCAGAAUGCACAUACUUGGAACUGCCAACUAUACCUAAAAUUACAUAAAUCAUGAUUAAUUUUCCAGACAGAGGUGGAAUUUCAGGCAUGCCAAAAUAUGCUUGCUGAACCACCCUGGUACUGGGCCAUAUUAGUGUUUUGAAUGCCUUAAGAACUGGAUGAGAUUCAAUACUGCUGUUGUACACACAAUGCACUGUCUGCAUCAUACUUACUUUACUAAUGAGAGUUGGGCAGUGCCACGCUGCCAGCCAAGAAGCAAGAAGGAAAUGUAUUUUAGGCCAUGGAAGACAGCAGGCUGUCAUUGUUAAACUAGGGUGUUUUUGUUGGUUGGAUUUGUGUGCUUCAACAAACUGGCUCAUCAUUUAGGUGAAAAGUAUAGUCCAGUUGAGAACUGGAGUGAAUAGAUUCUGUGUUCUUCAACUUUUGAGAAAAUAAUGAAAUCCUACCCAUUUGAGCAAGUUUUAUGUUAUGCACUUUAUGAUUAAAUUUAGGUUUUCCUUGAGGAGGUGAGGUAAUGUAAUUUUACCACAUCUGUAAUGUGUAUGACCGAUUUGUACAGGAUAUGAAAUGGGUGGUAUAAAUGGUAUUAAUUUUGGGGAAGAGACUGGCUUCAGAGUUUAUGCACUGUCACCACACCACAUAGUGGUGUCGCAUACAUACGUAACACAUUACUUCUCUCAAGAUGGGGCCGUCCAAAAAUGUACUGUAAGAAAAAUUAAGCUCAAUCUAACCCUACCCUAAAAAGGAAUUCCGGUGAUUUUUUUAAUUAAUUUUUUUUUUGCAUAAUUGUCAUUUAAAUAUAGUCAUUCAGAGUGGUUUGAGGUGAAAUGGUUUGUUGUAAAGAAACAUGCAGCUUUGGUUUCUUUACCAAGGAAUCAGUGCAACGCAAAUGUUGCCAAUUUAUUUACUCUCCAAAAUGACCAGUGAAUCUACAUGUGUCUUCUGAGUUUUAUAUGCAUAAGUUGAUGUUGGUGCAUUAUUGGUAAAUCUAGAGAAAUACAUUUACUUUCUGGACUAUUCCAUCAAAAGCUAAAAUAUUUUUAAAAUCAUAAAUCUAUCAUAAGACAGUGUCUCCGAUAUUAGGCAGUAUAUCCAGGACCACUUCCUGUAAGAACUUUCUGCAAGGUAGCUUUUUAGAGACACUAAAACACUUCAGAUGUGUAUUUCCUAUCACCGCUACUGUGAACAGUUCUGAUAUAGUAUGUUUCUCUAGAAUGGACCAUUUUACUUCAGACCAUUCUGAAAUGCGUCGUUUACAUCUUAAGCACUUAAUUAUGCACACAUUUUUGAAAAAUCUGUGGAAUUCCCCUUUAUGUGAAUGUAUAAGCUUGAGCAAUUAGAACCAGCAGUCAACACUGCCACAUACAUUUUUAUUUUCUGGCAAUUUACUUUUAUAAUGUGCUGAGUAGUACACUUAAGGUAGGGCAAUACAUAACAGCAUGAUUUGGGCCACAGAGAAUACAAGUAAAUGUUUCUUUGAGUGCAUACAUACAUCAGGAAAAAAUGUGAUGGACACCAACAUACUGGGGUCCUUUCUGUGUGGUGUCUGCAUGUUCUCCCUGUGUCUGCCUGGGUUUCCUCUGGGUGCUCCAGUUUCCUCCCACAGUAGCCAGGCCAAUUGGACAUGCGAAAUUGCCUCUAGGGGUGUGUGUGUGUGUGUGUGUGUGUGUGUGUGUGUGUGUGUGAGAGAGAAUGCAUAUUUCUGUCUGCCCUACGAUGGAUAGGCUCCAGCUGCCCCCCGCGACCUAGAAGGAUAAACGGUUUAGAAGGUGUGUGUGUGUGUGUUCACCAACAUGGCAGUUUGCACAGCAUUAUUAUAAAGAGAAUUUUUUCAAAUAUAGUUUUUUUUUUCUGUGGUUCAUAGAAGGGAAAGGCAAUGGACUUGCACAGUUUGUAAUAAAUACUGACAUGAUGGAUUUGGACAGGACUAUAAUCGCAGAGAAACACCAGUAAUAAUCACAUUACCCCACCUCCUCUGAGGAGGUCUUUAGGGACAAAUACACUUGUGUUAAAAGCACUGUAUACCAGACUGUACAGGAGUUUUAGACCAAAACAGGCAUUAGAAGCAGGUCUUCCAUCAGGUAACAUUAUUAACAUGUUAAACUCUCUUCAUUUGUGCCAAAACAGUCAACAGCAUACUUUUACCUUCAGAUAGAUCAGUAAUAGACUGUUCUUGCUAGUCUAAAGUUAGGACCAAAUGCAAAAGCCUCUUUAAACUAAGUGCCUCAGUUAUAUAGUAACAUCUAAUGCUCUCCUGAAAUAAUCUUUAAAAGUAGAAGCAUGAAUGCAUUUCCCAAGUUAAGAAGAAGACAUUUCUGUAAAUGGCUGAUCAGAUGACGCUGGUGAUGUGUACAGGUUGAAAUUUUGAUUAAGUUGUGCUUACACUAGGGAUGCAGUACAAUACGGGAAUCAUAUCCGUCUCUGCAGAUAAUUGCUUAGAAACUUAGAUUUAGAUUUCACCAUUAUUGCAAACUAUUUGAUAAAUAUAUUGUACUCUGAAGGAGCUGAAAGUUUAGAUGAUGCUGGGUUUGUAUUGCAAAAAUGUCUGUUUUAUUUCUUUUGCUGUAUUUUUAAUCAUCUAAAAACAAAUGGCAUUUAUUCUUUAAUGUAGGUAUAAUCCCAAUUUCUACAAUUUAAAAGUUCUUGUGUAUCAACAUCAGCCCAGAAUUCCCAUAUCAGUGCAUCCCUAGCCUGCAGUUGUAUGCAAACAUUGGGGUGCCUCUGGUCAAAUGAUGUUUGGUUGGUUUUCUAAGUGAAAAAAAGUGAACAUAAACUUUAUUCAAACUGUUUUCAAAUGUUCGCUUAUGACUGUGCAGUUCUGAGUUACAUGGAGGCAGGAACUUUAUAAUGAAAACGAUUCACCUCUUACAUAGGAGACAGAGAAAGUUAGAGUACCAAAAAAUCAAAGAUCAAAAAGCACAUUUUUUUUCCCUUCAGGGCUCCCUAGAACCCAUGGUGUGCCUUUAGGGAUGAUCAGUGUGCCUUUGAAAUUAGUAUUAGAUUGUUCUGUAGUGCCUGUGCCACGUCUGACAAAGAUUUUAGACAUUACUAUCCAAUAUCUCCCUAUCUUUACUGAUAUCCCAGCUAUUCCUCAAUCAAGACUACUUCUGAAGUACCUUAUGUACUUUUUCAAUAUGUUCAGUUCCCAUGUAUGUGUUUUAUGAUGGACGCUAAACUUGAAAACCUCUCUGCUAUAUUGUUUUGUUGUUUUUUUUUUUUUUUUUUUUUUUUGGUGAAAUUAAAACAAAUUCUGGUUGACCGCUGUAGAUUAAGGCUCAAAAUACGAUCAAAUCUCUGGUGCCUUUUUUUUUAUUUUAUUUUUUUUUUAUUUAAUGUUUUUACUUUACUAGACAAUAUGGACAGCAUACUACAACCCCAUUUCCAAAAAGGUUGGGAUGCUGUGGAGAAUGUAAAUAAAAGUAAGAUGGAAUGAUGUGCAAAUCAUGUACAUCAUAUUUAUUUUUAAAGGAAAAUACUAAAAAGGCAACAAAUCAAAUGUUGAAACUGAGAAAUUUUAUUGUUUUUUGAAAAAUAUUUGCCCAUUUUGAAUUUGAUGCCAACAACAUGUUCCAGAAAGUUGGGACGGGGACAGGUUUACUGCUGAGUUUCAUCACCUCUUCUUUAAACAACACUAAGUGUUUGGGAACUGAGGAGACGCUGCUGUAGCUCUGAAAGUGAAACUUUUUUGUUGUUGUUUGAUGCAGGAUUUCA